CCGUUUUAUAAUGGGACCCUAUGGGAAAUUGAAUCAGCGUAAUAUAACCUCUACAGAAAUAAUCACAAGUAAACAAUUGAAAUAUUAAUAUUAAUAUUUUGCAAAUAAUAGUCCAGCAUUCAAAGAGGCAGUGGACCAGACUACAUGAGUUGUCUGUAAAAAACUUGAACUCCACCGGUACAAUACAGUAGGCUACGGUACAGUAUGGUAAGGUAAACACUCACAAGAACAACAACAAUAAAUAUCGCUAAAAGAACCUUAUGACCUGAAAAUCAAAGAGCAGACUUCACUGCUGUCUUUAAUUAUGAUCAGAUUGAAAAAGAACAUUCUCUUAUUUCUGGUUAUUGCUGGAGCUUUUCCUGUUCUUUUUCUGGUGUACGUAGCCCUGCAUUCAGAUGGGGCCACAGAAUUCAAUUCUCAGGAAAGCCUUGAGCGUCUGGAAACAAAACUGGCCAGCAAGAUCCGAGAACUAGAGCAGCACAAUAACUACCUUCAGCAGAAGCUGAGUAAGACUCGGACCCAGUACCUGAACUUGCAGCUGGCUGUUAGUUUAAGUAACCAGUCUGAUUCAAGCUUGGCCAACCACAGCAGACUGGACUGUAUGAAGCAGGCCUUCAACAAUUGUGAAGUCAUCCAUGUUGCAAUCGUGUGUGCAGGCCACAAUGCAACUAGAGAUGUCGUCACUUUGAUCAAAAGCGUCCUCUUCCACAGGAAGAACCGUCUCCAUUUCCACUUCAUCUCGGACUUUUCCGCAGAAAUCAUUAUCAGAAAUCUCUUCAAAUCAUGGAAUCUCAAUGAACUGGAGGUGAGUAUAUACCCGACCAAGACGGUCCAUGAGGACAUCAGUUGGAUACCCAACAAGCACUACUCGGGGAUCUACGGCCUCAUGAAGUUGGUGCUGCCAAAGAUACUGCCUGUAGAUCUACGCAAAGUCAUAGUUUUAGACACAGACAUCACGUUUGCCUCAGAUAUUGCUGAACUUUGGAAGCUGUUUGGUGUACUCGCAAAAGAGGCUCUGGGUUUAGUAGAGAAUCAGAGUGACUGGUAUCUAGGGAAGCUCUGGAAGAACCAUCAGCCCUGGCCUGCCCUGGGUCGUGGGUUCAAUACGGGCGUAAUGCUCAUGAAUCUAGCAAUUCUUCGAGGGAUUGAUUGGAUGAGAAUAUGGCGACAGGUUGCGGAGAAAGAGCUCCAAGUAAUGUUACACACUGCCCUGGCAGACCAAGAUAUUAUCAACUCAGUAUUAAAACAACAUCCUCAACUUGUUAAAACCCUGCCUUGCCAGUGGAAUGUACAGCUGAGUGACAACACACGCAGUGAGCAGUGUUAUUCUGAGGUCACUGACUUAAAGAUAAUUCACUGGAACUCUCCAAUGAAGUUGAAAGUGAAGAACAAGCAUAUAGAGUUCUUCCGCAAUCUCUACCUGACAUUCCUUGAGUAUGAUGGAAACCUGCUGAGACGGGAGCUGUUUGGAUGUGGUAGCAAUCUCACCUACAGCUCAGUCCAACAACAGAUCAGUGAGAUCAGUGAGGAUGAUGAGUGUUAUGACUUUCGUCGUGAGCGUAUCAUAGUUCACAGAACCCACAUCUUCUAUCUGGACUACAACUACACGGCUGUAGAGUGGGAUGUGACCCUAGUAGCUCAACUCAGCAUGGACAGACUGCAGAUGCUGGAGACAAUAUGCAAGCACUGGGAAGGACCCAUCAGUCUGGCGCUGUACAUGUCAGAUGCUGAGGCCCAGCAGUUCCUGAGGUACGCACAUGGCUCCGAGACCCUAAUGAACCGCAACAACAUCGGCUACCAUGUCGUGUACAAGGAUGGGCAAUACUACCCCGUGAACUACCUACGCAAUGUGGCAAUGCAGCAGGUACACACAGAGUUCAUGUUCCUGUCGGACAUUGACUUCCUGCCCAUGUAUGGACUGUACGAGUAUCUCAAGACUGCAGUCAGGAUGGCUGACUUGAGAAACCAGCACAAGGCGCUAGUGAUCCCAGCGUUUGAGACACAGAGGUAUCGACUGACGUACCCUUUGUCCAAGGCACAGCUACUAUCACAACUAGACACUGGGGAACUCUACACAUUCAGAUACCACGUAUGGGCCAAGGGCCAUGCAGCAACCAACUAUGAGAAAUGGAAGAACGCCUCCAGUCCGUACACAGCCAAGUGGGAGAUGGACUUUGAGCCAUACAUAGCUGUCAACAAGAACAUCCCACUGUUUGAUCAGCGUUUUGUGGGCUUUGGCUGGAACAAAGUCUCCCACAUCAUGCAGCUGGAUGCAGAUGGGUAUGAGUUUGUGGUCCUACCAAAUGCUUUUAUCAUACACAUGCCACAUGCUCCGAGUUUUGAUAUAGCCAAGUUCCGCUCUAGUUCUUUAUAUAGAAGGUGUCUAUCCAGAUUAAAGCAGGAAUUUCAACGAGACUUGUCACAGAAAUAUGGAAUAAAGGCUCUUAAAUAUUUAUCUGUAGAAUAGUCAUAGAAAUUAAGAAUAUUAACUUUUCCAUUCAUGUACGUAACCAUUAAAACAGCUUUAUUAGACAGUUGCUUUGCCUGUGGUAAAUUCUGAAAGUAUUUCAAUAAUGUUUUGCAAUAUACCACAGAUGUUUAAAGUAUACCCAUUGUUUUUUCACUUCAGUUUUGUUUAAGUAUUUAAGUACAAGAUUAUAUAAAUGUCAUACCAUGUUAAAGCAUAUUGAAACAUACAUACUGGAUGGACAUAUUUGUAAUACAACUAUAUAAGACAUUGUUUGUGGGUACACUUUCUAUAAAGCUAAGCAUUAAUGACUCUUUGUCAAGAAUAAGCUAUUAACUUGAUUAGGCAACCAUUUUCUUACCAAUGAAAUAAAGUAUACAUUUGAAAUGUGUGAUUUAUAAUUAUUUACAGGUCAUUUUAAAUUAAUAGAUAACAGCUUAAACAAUAUUUUACUCACAUAACUCAGUAAAAGUCUCAAGAUUGGAGGAAAUAAUCAUUGCAGUUUAUUUUUGGCUUUUACCAGUUGAUGCUAAAAUAUGGCCCUUUGUCAUUUGUGCAAUGUAUAUCAUUUAGUGCAUUUGUCUGUCCAAACAAAUUGAGGGCAACAGUGUCAGUGAAACACAGUUGUAUUGUGUAAAAGUUGUCUUCAAUUGGCACAUGGAAUUGCUUAGAAUAAAGGGAAUAAAGUGUUUCAUUUGUUUACCUAAUGCUAUGAUACUUAAUAAAUUUUUGUAUUAUUUAAUGGGUGAAAAUUUUGAUGAAAAAUAUAAGUUAUGAACAUCU